AUUCAUCAAUUCCUCGCCGGCUCUCUGGAAAAAGGAAUCACCUUUCUCUCUCUGUUUUGCUCGAUCCGUUGUAAAAAUUAUUGAUUUGCUCCAUCAUCAGAUCGCCGGCGUUUUUAACCGCCAUGAAACUCUCCGACGUUGGAUUAGACGUUGUGAAAACUCCGAGAUUGGUUAAAUUGAUUGCGUUUGCGUUUCUCUCAAUCUCAACAAUUUUUCUCUUCAAUCACUUCUCAGAUUCCUUCUCUUAUCCAUCUCUUCGUUUUCCUAUUUCCUCUUCUUCAAACGUCACCGAAGCUAUUCAAACCGACAUAACAUCCGUCGCGGCGGUAGCACCAUCUCCUCCACCGCGUCCGCGUCUCAAGAUUUCGCCUCCUCCGCUACCACCGACAGUGGUGAGAACGGGAAUCAUCGACGAGAAUGGUGCCAUGUCUGAUUCGUUCGAAAUCGGCGGAUUCGAUCCGGAUUCCGUCGACGAGCUUAAAUCACAAACCGGAAAUUCGUCGGUUGAGGAAAAAGAAUCGCCGGAAGUCGGUUUUCGGAUUGAGAAACUCAAAUUGUGUGACAAGACGAAGAUAGAUUACAUUCCAUGCUUAGACAACGAAGAAGAGAUCAAGAGAUUGAACAAUACCGAUAGAGGAGAAAAUUACGAGAGACAUUGUCCUAAACAGAGCUUAGAUUGCUUGAUUCCACCUCCAGAUGGUUAUAAGAAACCAAUCCCAUGGCCACAAAGCAGAGACAAGAUAUGGUUCAAUAAUGUGCCACAUACACGUUUAGUGGAAGAUAAAGGAGGUCAAAAUUGGAUUAGAAGAGAGAAAGAUAAAUUUGUUUUCCCUGGAGGUGGAACUCAAUUCAUCCAUGGAGCUGAUCAGUAUUUAGACCAGAUCUCCCAGAUGAUUCCUGAUAUUACAUUUGGAUCACGCACUCGUGUUGCCUUGGACAUUGGCUGUGGUGUGGCGAGCUUUGGUGCGUUUUUGAUGCAGCGUAACACUACAACCUUGUCCGUAGCACCAAAAGAUGUUCAUGAGAAUCAGAUACAGUUUGCAUUGGAGCGUGGUGUCCCUGCGAUGGUUGCUGUCUUUGCCACACGGAGGUUGUUGUAUCCAAGCCAGUCUUUUGAGAUGAUUCAUUGUUCCAGAUGCAGAAUUAAUUGGACCCGCGAUGAUGGGAUACUUCUUCUUGAAGUUAAUAGAAUGCUUAGAGCAGGAGGCUACUUUGUUUGGGCUGCACAACCCGUUUACAAACAUGAGGAUAACUUGCAAGAGCAGUGGAAAGAAAUGUUAGACCUUACGAACCGAAUCUGUUGGGAGCUUAUCAAGAAAGAGGGAUAUAUUGCUGUGUGGAGGAAGCCUCUAAACAACAGCUGCUAUGUCAGUCGUGAAGCUGGAACUAAGCCUCCUUUGUGCAGAUCUGAUGAUGAUCCUGAUGAUGUUUGGUAUGUAGAUAUGAAACCAUGCAUCACCCGAUUACCUGAUAAUGGCUAUGGGGCUAAUGUCUCCACAUGGCCUGCACGUCUUCAUGAUCCUCCAGAGAGGCUACAGAGCAUUCAAAUGGAUGCCUACAUAUCCCGAAAGGAAAUUAUGAAGGCAGAGUCAAGAUUUUGGUUAGAAGUAGUAGAGAGUUACGUGCGGGUUUUCCGCUGGAAGGAGUUCAAACUUAGGAAUGUUCUGGACAUGAAAGCUGGUUUUGGAGGGUUUGCAGCAGCAUUAAACGAUCUCGGGCUUGAUUGUUGGGUUAUGAACAUUGUUCCCAUUAGCGGAUUCAACACCUUGCCAGUUAUAUAUGACCGUGGACUUGUAGGGGCUAUGCAUGACUGGUGUGAGCCAUUUGACACAUACCCAAGAACCUAUGAUCUGAUACAUGCUGCAUUUCUCUUCUCUGUUGAGAAGAAGAGGUGCAACAUAACAAACAUUGUACUGGAGAUGGACCGAAUGUUGAGGCCGGGAGGACGGGUUUACAUAAGGGAUUCACUGUCUUUGAUGGACCAACUUCAACAACUGGCUAAAGCCAUCGGUUGGACUGCUGGUGUUCACGAUACCGGGGAAGGACCCCACGCAAGCGUUAGGAUUCUCAUCUGCGAUAAACGGAUAUGAGAAAAGAAAAAUGAAAGAUACGAAAUCGAAUGUGAUGAUAAGUCUGCUCAAAGCGACAGUUCUGAGUGAUAGAUUGAUAAUUGUAUGUUGUUUAUUUGUUUGUUGAUUUGAUUGUUGUAGAAUGAAGAGUGUUAAUACACUUGAGCCACUUUA